AUUCCAUACCUUUAUAAUCUCCUUCACAAGUACUUACUUCUCCACUUCAUUCGUCUCCCAGACAAAAACAUCUUUGAUCACUCUCUAAAAUCCACUCUCUCAUCAAAACUUUCUCUUCUAUUCAGAAGCAUCCACCAAAAACCCUCUCUUCGACUCAGAAGCAUUCAAAAAUCCAUUUAACUAAUGUCAGGUUUUGAGUACAGCGACUCGUUAAGCUCAUCUGAUUCCGUUAAUAACGGCGUUAACUCACGGAUGUUCUUCCGUAACCCGAGUUUCAGCAACGUUAUCUUAAACGAUAACUGGAGUGAUUUGCCGUUAAGUGUCGACGAUUCUCAAGACAUGGCUAUUUACAACACUCUCCGUGACGCAGUUAGCUCCGGAUGGACACCCUCCGUUCCUCCCGUUACCUCUCCGGCGGAGGAAGUUUCCGUUCGAGGAGAAGAGAAGCCUCCAGCGACGGCGAGUGGCUCGCACGCGCCGAGGCAGAAGGGGAUGCAGUACAGAGGAGUGAGGAGGAGGCCGUGGGGGAAAUUCGCGGCGGAGAUUAGGGAUCCGAAGAAGAACGGAGCUAGGGUUUGGCUCGGGACUUAUGAGACGCCGGAGGACGCGGCGGUUGCUUACGACCGAGCGGCGUUUCAGCUUAGAGGAUCGAAAGCUAAGCUGAAUUUUCCGCAUUUGAUUGGUUCUUGUAAGUAUGAGCCGGUUCGGAUUAGGCCUCGCCGUCGUUCGCCGGAACCGUCAGUCUCCGAUCAGUUAACGUCGGAACAGAAGAGGGAAAGCCACGUGGAUGACGGCGAGUCUAUUUUGGUUGUACCGGAGUUGGAUUUCACGGUGGAUCAGUUUUACUUCGAUGGUAGUCUAUUAAUGGACCAAUCAGAAUGUUCUUAUUCUGGUAAUCGGACAUAAUUAGUUUUAAGUAAAGUUUUAAGAUUAAGCAAAAAUUUGUCCAUCGAGUUUGCUGCCGUUAUGAAAUAUCAAAUAUCGAUCGAUGACUCAAGACUCAAGAGGGUUUGAUAAUCAUGAUCAUAUGUAAUGUGAUGGGAUGGAAAAUAAUAAAUAUGGACGUUUGUUUUUUUUUCUUCUAAAUUCGAUUCAUAGUAACAAUCAAUGUGAAUAGUAGAAUGUAU